AUGAGAAAGAGAGAGUUAUUGAAUACAAAAUCUUGCAGUACUAUAUAUUCAUCUCAUAACUUAGAAAAUAACCAAUGUAGUACUAAACUACUCAAAGCUUUCUAAAAAAUAUUUUUCAUCAUUUUGACUACCUACAAUAUCCUUAAUUUAUGAGAAAUAGAUACCCUUAUGAUGUCAUCUUAUAAAAAUAUUUGCAUACUUAUUUUACUCUCUCUCAUAUAGGUAGGCAACCAACAAAGGUUUGAAUCUUACUAGAGUCAAGACUAAUAUUAUUAUUUGAUUAAAUCGUAAUUUUUCUGUAGAAUAAGCCAUCAUAAUCACUCAAUCAUCAACAAAAAUAUCAUUAAUAUAAUUUGCAGAACAAUGUUACUAUAAUUGUUGAAUAAUUCUAAAUAAAUAAAUUGUGAAUCUAUUAAAUAAAUUAUCUCUAAUUGAUCGAUGAACAAGUCAUCAUCGAGAGGAUGACAAUUGAUGUGACUUAGUCAUUAUAUAGUAAGUCACAUAAAUUUAAAAUUUAUAAAACUAGAAAUUAUUAAUUUCUAAAUAUUUAAAAGUAUUUCUAAAUAAAUCAAUCAAUUGUAAUUUAAUAAAAAAUUCAAAAUAGUAAAAAAAAAUUCAGGUCAAUCUCAAGGAUGUAAUAUAUAAUCAGGUAAUAUUUCAGAAUUUUUCUUAAAGAAUAAGAUUUUUUAUGAAUUUUAGACUAAAAAAUAAAAAUAAAAUAUCUUUAAAUUUUACAAAAAAAAAGGGGUGCGAGCGUCAAGAUAACAUCAGUGCCUGACGAAUGCAAAUCGGGCAAAAAUAGAGUUCCACCCAAUGAUUCUUACAUAAACAAUUAGAGAUGAUUUAAUUAGUUAAUUAAGAUCUAUAAAAUCUAGAAAAAUCGUAAUUGAAUGAAAAGUAAUUGAAAAAAUUUAAAUCACAUAAACUAUCAUUAAAUGAAAUGAUAAGUUGAAAGUAGAACAAAUAGAGUUUGGGCAUCUUAAGUGUUCAGGAGGAAUAUCAUGCAAUGUCCAUGGCCUCGAAGACUCUUGAACAAAGAGGAUGUGGACAAUCUCUAGUUCUUGCGAAGUCUAGACAUCAAGGAAAUGGGUUGUCAAAUCAUCUUUGGCAGCUAUCACCCGACAAAGUGGAAAAAUAAGACUUUGUAGGUCUUGGAUGGCUAUCACUUGAUGGAGAAGAACUAGAUGGAGGUGGGGCACAUGUUAGGAAGCUUUAUCCUUAAGUUUGCACAGCAAAAGUGAAUAUUCAUCACAUUUGAUACGUUCUCAGGAGGUAAUAACUCGUCUUUUAACAUAUUGUCCUCUUCCUAAUGACAGCCUAUUCAUCGAUUAAUUGGAGAUGAUUUACUCAAUAGAUUUGUGAUCCUUGUAUCCUAAAUUGUUCAAUAAUUUUAGCAUCAAUACUUCACAAAUUACAUUGAUGAGAUUUUCGUCGAUGAUCGAACAAUUUUGGCAAUUUAAUCCUUCACCGGCAAUCUGCAAGAAAGUUAUGAUUUAAUCAAAUAAAAAUACAAGUUUUAACUCUAGUAGAAUUAGAACCUGCACCAAUCACACACGUGCAUAAGAGAGUGAAAUAAGUACUCUAAUACCCUUAUAAAGUGACAUCAUCACAAUAUAUCGCUAUUAUAAUUAAGGGGUAUUUUAGCUAUUAAAAUAAUUUGUAUUAUUCUAGGAAAGGUGUGAUAUGAUUUUAGUCCCACAUUAGUUGUAUGUCAAAGUUUUGGACAAAUAUAUAGUAGUACCACACUUAGAAGCAAUGAGUCCAUUUCUCACAUGUGUACAAUCACUCUUUGCCUUAUAGUCGGCUAGUCACUGGUGACGUGGAAAACAAGUAGCACGCACGUGUCCCCAUCAGUCUAUAGCCAUUUAAGCCUUUGCUCAUACCUCUGCCUCAACUACACUUCUAACUUACUUGUAGACUCAAGCCUGGCUGGCCAACAAAUCCCUCCUUUUUUUAUUUUUGUAUUUUAAUUUAUUUUUCUUUAUUUAUCUCAAAAAGAAUAUUAUUAAAAUUAUAUAAAUUUACAUGACAUCAUAUAAUUAACUAAAAAUUCAUACUAAUCAACUAAAAAUCAUUUUUUAUUAUUUAACAUAAAUAUAAGUCUAUUUAUCAUGAGUUAAGGCUAAAAUUAUAUUAUUUAUUAAUUAUUAACUCAUGAUAAUUAAGACUUAUCAACAAUCCACUAGAAGAUGAAUCACAACCUCCUAAGAAGGUAUUAGAUGCGAUGAAGAGCCUUCUCUUGCUGCAUAGACGUGAGGAUGAAGCUCCCUAAAAUGUGCCCUAUCUUGAUCCAAUUUAUUUAUGUCGAGUGAUAGCAAUUAGAGAAUCACAAAAUUGUCAUUUUUCUAUUAUCAGGUGACAAUCAUUAAAGACUAUUCAUAGACCUACUAUUAAGUUUUAAAUUUUACAAAAAUAUCUAAAGGUGUUCUAUAUUUUCUAUGUCAUUUUUACUUAAUUUAUUAAUACUUUAUGUGAUUUUAAUUUUAAAACUCUUCUUCAUUAAAUUAUAAUUUUUCUCACUUUUGUAGAACUUAAUUUGAUCAAUUAAGUCAUCUAUAAUCACUCAUAUAAGAGUUUUUGGGUGAAACUUUGUUUCCUCCUAAUUCAUGUUUGUUGAGCCAUUGACAUCAUCUUGAUGUCUGCACCCUUCUUUCCCUUUUUAUGAAUUUAAAAUAUAUUUAUCUUCAUUACUUAGUCUAAAAAUCAUAAAAAAAUUAUAUUUUUGUAACAAAAUCUGAAAUAUUACUUAAUAUUAUGUUACAUCUAUAUGAUUGACUUAGAAAAUCUUCAUUAUUUUAAAGACUUUUAUUAAAUUAUAAUAAAUAUAUUUUUAUAAAUAAUUUUAAAUAUCUAAAAAUUAAUAUUUUCUAGUUUUAGAAAUAUUUAAAUUUGUGUGAUUUAUUAUACAACGUUAGUUAUUAAACACAAGUCAAGAAAAUUGAAUCGAAUCAUAGAUAUUCUUAAUAGAAAAAUAAUAUGCUUGGUGAACCUAUGUGUUGAGAUCAAGAGAUUUGACUAUCUUAAGGAAAUAUACCCCUAAGAUGAUGAUUUCUCUCAAUAAUAUAUGACAUGUAAGUUUAGAUUAUCAACUAAAGCUUUUCACCUCCAUGAUGAUUUCUUAUUUCAAACAACAUAAUUAUGUAUUUCUUGCAGCUCUUAAGAGAAAAUUAUAUAUUUAAAAUACACUCUUCAAGCUUAACAUGACACCUUGGUCAAGACAAGAUCCUAGAAUCAACUCAAGAGCGGUAUUAUUGGCCAAAAUUAAAGAAAGAUAUAGAAAAUUUUGUUUUCAAAUGUCAGGUUUGUCAAACCUAUAAAAGAUAGAAUCAAAAUAUUAGAUUAUUACUAAUUAUAAAUUAGUAGUUAUAUCUACAUAUUAAUAAGUAGAGAAUACAAUUAUAAAUUAAUAGGUAGAGAAUAUAAUUGAAUGUGUUACCAAUUGAUAAGUCUUCAUUAUCAUGCCUUAAUAAUUAGUAAAUAAUAUAGUUUUAGCCUUAACUCAUGAUAAAUAGACUUAUAUUUGUGUUAAAGUGUGAAAAGUAGUUUUUAGUUAAUUAACAUGAAAUUUUGGUUAAUUACAUGAUUUUCUACGAAUUUAUAUGAUUUUUAUAGUCUUAUUUUUGAGAUAAAUAAAGAAAAAGAAAUUAAAAUAAAAAUAUAGCAAAAUGGGGGAUACCCACCAGCUAGCUGGGCCCACAAGCAGGUUGGAAGUGCAAUCAGGGAGGAGCUGUGAGCAGGGGAUCAAGCAGCUAAGAUCGAUGGGGGCACAUGUGCACCACUCCUCUUCCACGUCACUAGUGGCCAGCCGACCAUGAGGCAAGGAGUGGUCGUACACGCAAGAGAAAGAGACUUACUUGUAAAUGUAAUAUUACUAUAUAUUCGUCCAAAACUUUAGCGCACAAGCAACGUGGGACUAAACCCACAUCACACCUUCCCCACAAGGCUUUGAUGAUUUUAAUACCUACAAUACCUCUUAUUUAUAACAGAAAUAUACCAUGAUGAUGUCAUUUUAUAAAGACAUUAUACUUAUUUUAAUCUCUCUCAUAUAGGCAAGUAAUUAAUACGGGUUUGAAUCCUUCUAAAGCCAAAACUCAUAUUUUUUAUCUAAUUAUCGUGACUUUUUUGUAGAUCGUUGGUGAAGGAUUAAGCCACCAGAAUGACUAGAUCAUUGGCGAAAAUCUCGUCAACACAAUUCGCGGAGUAUUAUUACUAAAAUUGUUGAAUGAUUCGCGAUAAAGGGAUCGUGAAUUUAUUGAGUAAAGUAUCUUUGAUUGAUCGACAAAUAAGUCAUUGUUGGAAAGAGGACGAUCUGUCGAGAGACAAGUCGCCACCUCCUGAGAUCAUACCAGAUGCGAUGAAGAGCCUCCUCUUGUUACGCGGACUUGAGGAUGAAGCUCCCUAACACGCACCCCACCUCCAUCUAGCUCUUCUUCGUUGGGUGACAACUGUCGGAGAGCUACAAAGUCGCUAUUUUUCUGCUCUGCCAGAGACGAUUCGAUGACCCUCUUCAUUAAUCUCUAGACUUUGUAAGAAGAUCUAGAGAUUGCCCAUGUCAUCUUUGUCGAAGAAGAGCCUUUGAGGCUAUGGAUACUACACGACAAUCCUCCCAAACGCUCAAGAUUCUGAUGCAUCACCAACGCAUCAUCGUCGCAACGCCAAAACUCUAUUUUCUUGUUUUCAAUUUACUUUACGCUUCAUUUAGUGAUAAUUUGUGUGAUUUUAAUUUAUCAAAAUAUACUUCGUUCAAUUACGAUUCUUCUGACUUUUAUAGAUCUUAAUUUGAUUAAUUAAAUCAUCUCUAAUCACUUAUGUAAGAAUUGCCAAGUGGAACUCUAUUUUUGCUUGAUUCACGUUCAUCGGGCGCUGACAUCAUCCUAACAUCUGCACCCUUAUUUCCCUUUUUUGUAAAUUUAAUAUAUUUCUUUUUCAUUUACUAGUAUAAAAUUCAUAAAAAAAAGUAUUCUCUGAGGAAAAUUCUGAAAAAUUACCAGAUAUUAUAUUACAUCCCUAUGAUUGACCUAAAAAAUUACUGCUAUUUUUGAAAGUUUUAUUGAAUUAUAAUUGAUAUAUUUAUUCAAAAAUAAUUUUAAAUAUCUAAAAAUUCAUAUUUUCUAGUUUUAUAAAUUUUAGAUUUAUGUGAUUUAUUAUACAAUGACUGGGUCACAUCAAAUUUUGGUGCCAUUGUGGGGGUGUAUUACAUAAUAUUUAGUAUUUUUCUAUUUUUCUCUUAGAAUACAUAAAAAAAAAACUCUUGUUUUAUUUUUUUCUUGUCGAAUUAUUUUUUUAGAAAAAGGGAACGAGAAGAAGCAAGGCAAGGACUAAAGCAUAUUGAAGGAGGGUAACAAUUACUAAACUUUUCCCUCAAAUUUGUUGAUUUUUUAUGCAUGGUAGAAGAUCCUUGCAUCCAAGGCUAGAAAAUCUUUUCAUUAUUUCAUUAGAAAAUAAAAAUUCAAAAGAAAAAUUAAUUUUAAUAGAUCGUGAAGGAAGUACAAGUCAAAUUGAGAACAAUCCUAUGGCCAUGAAAAAUCAUUAUAUCCCUGAUUCAUUUCAAAGAGCAUCCAAUAUUAGAGUCCCAUUAGUACCUAGUAUUAAAUUCGAAAUAAAUCUAGAAAAUUUUCAAAUGCUCCCUAAUUUUCAUGGAUUGCUUUUAGAGGAACCUCAUCAACACUUAGAAAAAUUUCAUGUGGUUUGUGAUUUAGUUAAUCUCCCUCAAGUUACACCAAAAAUUAUUAAGAUGAAAUUAUUUCCUCAUACACUUAGGGACAAAAAUAGUCAUUAGCUAUCCACAUUAGAUAGAGAAUUAACUAGUUGGAAAGACAUAGAAUAAGCUUUUUUUCAAAAAAUUUAUCCCUUAGGAAAAACUCAAAAUAUGAGAAAACACGUAUAGAGUUUUCUUAAAGACCAAGAGAAACUUUACAUCAGACAUGGAAACAUUCAAAGAUUUACUUAGAAAGUGUCCUUAUCAUGUUAUACCCAAGUGGUAGUUCAAUAGAAAUUUUUAUGAUGGAUUAUUAAAACAACAUAGAAAUAUGGUUGAUUAUAUAUGUGGAGGAGCUUUUAUGGAAAAAACUCCUGAUGAAAUUUACAGUCUUUAUGAGAAUUUAAGUGAAAAUUUUAGAGAUCAAGCCUCUUUUGAAUUAUAUGACAAGGAUAAGAAGAAAGGAAUUUAUGAAUUACAUCAUGAUAAUGGUUCUAAAUUUAGAAAUGAGGUUAAUCAGAUUAAUCAAAGAUUAGAAAAACUUGAUUUACUUAUUAAUAAUAUUAGAAAGCUUCUUAACCCUCAAUUUUUAAUUCAAAUAGUACAUGUGUUAUGUAUGGUGAAAAUGAUCAUUUUAAAUUUUAAUACCAUCUUAGACAAGAACAAGUGUAGGUACACCACGAUUUUAGUAAAAAUAAAGAAUCUUUUUCUAAUUCUUAUAAUCCUAAUUGGGAGAAUAAUUUUUCACAGAGAAACCUAAAUAGUAUUCAAAAUCUAGAAGCACUUAGAUUCAAUUCAAAUUUUGAAUUUCGUCCAAAACAUGAACACAAAUUUCAAAAGAAUCAACCCUCUCAAACUCAACCUAAUACUAUGAAAAUGAUGUAGCAAAUGAGCCAAAUGAUGUAACAAACUAUGAAUCAAAUGAUGCUGCACCAAAAAUAAAUUAUAGAGGCUCUUGGGAAUAAGAGAGAAGAGGGACAACUACCUAGUCAACCCAUAGAAAAUCUAGGGAACCAUCCAACAAUGGGAUUUCAACAAGGGGAGUCUAGUAGCAUGAAUCUAGGAAAAAAACCCACAAAAUGAAAAUGUUAGAAUAGUGAAUACAUUGAGUGAGAAUAUUUUACCUGAUCCUUAUUUCCAACUAUUAGAAGAAAUUGAUGAUCCAUUAGAAGUAAAUGAGAGUAUUAAGGCUGAAAAUAUAGUAACAGAAAAUUUGAAUAAAAUCAUUUAUUGCUCACAAUUGAUGAAUGAAUAUAGUGAGGAUGAUGAGGAUAAAGAGCCCUUCGAUAAAGAAAUAGAAUUGAUCAUGGAAAAAUCAUCCAAAUUUUAGUAGAAGGGAGUAAGGAUAGAAAUGAAGGAAAAAUAUAUUUCAAGUGAGGAAAAAGUAAAUGAUUUGGGAGAUGUAGGAGACGAAAUUAAUAAAACUAAUAAUAAUUUCAUAGCCAUGGAUGUUGAUAGUGAGGAUAAUGAUGUAUAUCAUAUACUGAAAUUAAAAGAUAACUCUUGAGAAGACGAAGAAUUUGAUGAGUUGAGAAAUGAAAAGCUAGAGAAAGAGUUGAUUCAACUAAUGGGAAGAAAUGAAAAUAAUGGAUAUAAAUAUAGAGAUAAUUUUAGAGGAUAAAUUUUGAAUUUUACUGAAUUCAUUAGAUCUAAAAUUAAAGAAGAUAAUCCUUCUAUCCUUCAAAACCCACAGCCCAUUAGAAUUAUUUCUAAGCUUGAAAUAUUUCACUCCUCACAAUCUAAACAAAUAUGUAUGGAAGAUAAAAUGGAGCAGGGGAAGAUUAUGUAGAUUAAAGAACACAUUAAGAAAUAGGUGAGUGAAAUAAUUAGAGAUAUCAAUUUAGAUGAAAAAAUUCUAGAUUGAGUAAGAGUUAAUUUGAAAAUUAUAUGGCCUCAUCAUAUUUUAUUAUCUAUUAAUAGAAAGUAUUUAUUAAUGAAUGAGAGCCUUACAAAAUAAGAUAGAAAUAAGGAAAUAUUAUUUUUAAAAUAGAAAUAUUAUUUUUGGGAAAAUUUUGUUAAUUUCAAUUUUUUUUUGGCUGAAAGUAUGUCAAGGUAUAUAUAUGAAGUAUAUAAAUUUAUGCUAAAUUUGAAAAAGAAUAUCAUGAAACUUAUCUUGGGAUACAAAUAUAUUUUGAUCGCCAUAGAUGAUCUCAUAUGAUCUAAGAGCUGCCUAGCUGAAGACAUUAAAUUCAGUGCUACAUGGGAGGCAACUCAUGAUUUUUAUUUCAUUAUGUUUGAAUUUUUUUAAGCUUUGUUUUUCUUAGAAUUUUGCAAUACUUGUUUCUAUAUUUGUUUUUUUCAAAAAAGUGCAGGAGGAGGAGUGUAAGAUGAAGUGGAAAAUUAAAAAUGAGGUUGAGGUGAUGUAUUUCUGAGCUUUAUCAUUUAUGAAAAUAUUUUAAUGCUUAACUUUGCACAUAUGCAUGCUUUACUUGAAAAUUAUAUUUUUUGCAUAUUUUGUUUUGAUUUUUCUAAGUCAUUGAGGACAAUGUCAUUUUUAAGUUGGGGGGUGAAGUAUUCAUUAUUAUUUUAUGCUAUAAGACGAUUAAGAACAUGUGCUUACAUUUUAUUCAACCUAGAACAGCAACUAAAAAAAUAAAAAUAAAAUAAAAUUCAGAAAAAUUACAACAUCUAUUUUCUGGUUUUCUGGCAGGAACAACAGAUUGUCAAAAAUAGCAGACAAGAAAAUAGCCCAAAUUUUGAAAUUCUAGAAACCCUUUUCUCACAUUUCAAUCCCUUAAACAUAUAUUCUUGAAAUUCGAAAUUACAGUUAUAAACAUGAUAGUUUUGAUUUAUUUUUGACAAACUUAUUACUGCUAAAAAUAGAACUUAAGAUAGAAAAUAGAAUUGUCAAAAUUAUCUAAUUUACAAGUUUCUUACAUCAUAUUGCAUGCAUGAAAAAUUAAAUCAAUUAGAUUGAUUGACACUAAAAGAUACUAGGAAGAUUAUUAUUGAGUCAAAAGAAUGAUCUAGUAGCAUGAAAUGUUGAAAUACUCCUUGGAUACGUGAUAAAUAAGAUGGAUUUGAUUUUACAGAUUUUCACUUCAUGAUCCUGAUGGAUAGUAUUUACUUGAUGUGAAAAUUUGAUUGAUCAUUUGAGUUUAAUGAAGAUUUUUGCACCCUGAUUUAUAGGACUUGUGAGGAGAAAUCACUUAUUUUGAAAAAAAAAGAAGAGAGAGUAAUGUGAAAAAUCUAGAAACAAAGAGUACACAUGGAAGGUGUGAACAACAUUCUCAUUGUCGAAAAUCGUGCAUAGAAAAACACUUGCUGUAAAAUAAGUGGAUAAAGUGAAAGCCUUAAAAAUAAAGAGUACACAUAGAGGGUGUGAGACAUCAUUCUUAUUGUCAAAAUUUGUCUACAAGAAAAGCUACUUAUCCAUUAUAUAUAUAUAUAUAUAUAAAGAAGAAAUAAAUAUAGUACAAACUUCAAAAAUCAAGCCAUAGAAAAAGGAAAAUAUAGGAUCAAUAUUAUUCUUGGAUGAGUAUUGAUAAUUGUAACAUCUUGUAAAUACAUUUAUGAGUGAAGAAGUGAUAAAGAUGUGAAUAGAAGAAGUGAAGUCUAGAUUGUUAUUCCAAGAAGUGUUUAAGCAUUGAAGUGCUUGACAUCAUUCUUAAAUACUUGAUAUAAGAAUUUAAAGUGUCUAAAGGUGCAUCAUUUCUAAUUAUAUUUUUUUUUAUAUUGAAAUAUGAUGUUUAACAUUUGUAAAUUUUUAUUUUCGUAAUUUCAUUGCUAAAGGACUAGCAAUGAUUUAAGUUGGGGGGUGUGAUAAGUCUUCAUUAUCAUGAGUUAAUAAUUAGUAAAUAAUAUAGUUUUAGCCUUAAAUCAUGAUAAAUAGACUUAUAUUUGUGUUAAAGUGUGAAAAGUGAUUUUCAGUUGAUUAAUGUGAAUUUUUGGAUAAUUAUGUGAAUUUACAUAAAUUUAUAUGAUUUUUAUAGCCUUACUUUUGAGAUAAAUGAAGAAAAAAUAAAAUAAAAUAAGAUAAAAUGAGGGGGACCCGCCAGCCAGCCGGGUCCGCAAGCAGGUCGAAAGCUUAGUCGGGGAGUAGCCACAAGCAAGGGCUCGAGCGGCUUAGACCGAUAAGGGCAUGUGUGCGCCACUCCCCUUCCAUGUCACUAGUGGCCAACUGGCUAUGGGGCAAGGAGUAGUCGUACACGCGAGAAAAGAGACUUGCUUAGAAAUCUAACAUUACUAUAUAUUCGUCCAAAAAAUUGAUGCACAAUCGAUGUGGGACUAAACCUGCGUCACACCUUCCUCAGAAGGGGCGGGCAACCGGCGUAGGUUUGAAUCCUCCUAGAGUCAAAAGUCACAUAUUUUUAUCUGAUUAUCCCGACUUUCCUAUAGAUCGCCGAUGAAGGAUCAAAGAACAAGAAUCGCUAGAUCAUCGGCGAAAAUCUCGUCAAUGCGAUUCACAGAGCAUUACUACUAAAAUUGUUGAACGAUUCGUGAUAAAAGGAUCGUAAAUCCAUUGAGUAAAUGAUCUUCGAUUGAUCGAUGAACAAGUUGUCGUCGAGAAGAGGACGAUCCACUGGGAGACGAGUCGCCACCUCUUGAGAGUGUAUCAGAUGCGACGAAGAGUCUCCUCUUGCUGCACGGACCUAAGGAUGAAGCUCCCUGACACGUGCCCCACCUCCAUCCAACUCUUCUUUGUCGGGUGACAACUACCGGAGAGCCGCAAAGUUGUCGUUUUCUGCUCCAUCGGGUGACAGCCGCUAGAGAUGAUUCGACGACCUUUUUCAUUAAUCUCUAGACUUCACAAGGAGAUCUAGAGAUUGCACAUAUCAUCUUUGUCUAAGGAGAGCCUUCGAGGCCGUGGACAUUACAUGACAAUCCUCCAAAACACUCAAGAUUCCAAUGCAUCGCCGACGCAUCAUUGUCGUGACACCAGAACUUUGUUUUUCUGCUUUCAACUUACUUUACGCUUCAUUUAGUGAUAAUUUGUGUGAUUUUAAUUUACCAAAAUAUACUUCAUUCAAUUAUGAUUCUUCUAGCUUUUACAGAUCUUAAUUUAAAUAAUUAAAUCAUCUAUAAUCAUUUACGUAAGAAUCACCAGGUCGAACUCUAUUUCUGCUUGAUUCGUGUUUGCUAGGCACUGACAUCAUCCUGACGUUCCCACCCUUAUUUUUCUUUUCUGUGAAUUUUAAAUAUAUUUUAUUUUCAUUUACUAGUAUAAAAUUCAUAGAAAAUAGUAUUCUUUGAGAAAAAUUCUGAAUAAUUACCAGAUAUUAUAUUACAUCCCUAUGAUCAACUUGGAAAAUUAAUGUUAUUUUUGGAAGUUUUAUUGAAUUAUAAUUAAUAUAUUUAUUCAGAAAUAUUUCUAAAUAUCUAAAAAUUCAUAUUUUCUAGUUUUAUAAAUUUUAGAUUUAUGUGAUUUAAUAUACAACGAGUAAGUCACGUCAAUGAGAUUAAGACAAAGAUUAGAGGAGCGCCCUCAUGGAAGAAUCUAGGUCAUCUACCAAGAGUUAGUUAUUAAUCAUAACCGUCUAUUAGAGGGACCUAAUUCUCAGGAGGAUUAAGGCAUCUCGCCCCCCUAUUAGAAGAUACUUUUGGCUCUCUCUAUAGUAGUGGUUAAUCAAAGAAAAAAAGAGGAAAAUCAAGAUCCAGUCAAUGGCAUUCUCAUGCCCAAGAUCAUUGUGGAGAAGAGAUUACCUAGAGCACAUUAAGAUUGUCGUAGAUUAAGCAUUACUCGGCCUAAGAUUGAUGCACAAUAAGGUCUAUGUAAUAUCUAGAUUAACUCUUAGUUCAAACUAGUCUUAACAUUUAUUCUAUCAUUUCAUUACAUUAGAUCAAUUCUCUCCCCUUUACCACACUUUCUAUUUCUCUUGUCUUUACCUUUAUUAGAUUAAUUCCGCCAUUCACAAUCUCAAAUAUAUACAUAUAUAUAUAAGAAAAAAAUUAAAUAAAAUUCUUACUUUCAUUACCUAUACUCCUUGAGGAUCAACCUUUAUUUAUUAUAAACAAAAGAGUGAGGUUUUAUAAAUAUUAUUUACAUGAACUUGGUUACAUCACAAUGACAUGUUUAACCUCUAAAUCAAGUUCAUCAAUUGUACACUCCACUACCAAUUUCACAUUAUUAAUAGACUGAUAUUUCUAUAGACUUUGUAUUAGGUCUAUUGUGAACACAAAGAGGAGUUGAUUCAAUUUUUGUGGUGGUUGGUAGUUUUAAAAAAUGACAUAUUUUAUUACAUGUAAAAAGACAAAUGAUGUAAGCCUGAUAGCAAAUCACUUAUUCAAAGAAAUUAUUCACCUCUAUGAAAUUUUUGAGUCUAUUACAUUUGACAAAGAUUUUAAAUUUAUUUCUCACUUUUUAUGAGCACUUUGGAAAGGGUUUGAUAUAUUUUUGAAAUUUAGUAGUAUUAGUCACCCACAAAUUGAUGUGCAAACUAAACUUGUGAACAUAACUCUUGACAAUUUGAUUUGUUGUAUUUCAUGAGAGAAUCUAAAAAUAACGAGAUUAUACUUUAGCUCUUGCAAAGUUUGCUUAUAAUUCAAUGAUUAAUCAUUCGACUAACUAAUCUCUAUUAUCAAUAGUAUACUAUUUUCCUCUAAUAUUCUAAUAAAUUUAUUACUAUUUUCGUAUAAUAUUCUAAUGAAUUUAUUACUAUUUUCCUCUAAUAUUCUAAUAAAUUUGUUACUCUUUAACUCUAAUCAUUCGACUAACUAUUUAAUUUUUGUGUGCUAACUUAUAAAAGAAAUAUAGUAAUAUAUUAUUAAUUUUGGAAGUCUGAAGUUAAAGGAUAGCAUAAUUUUUUAUUUUUAAAAAUAUAAGGACAUUGUAAUUUUUAAUUUUUAAAAUAUAAUAAUAAAUUAAAAAAAGUUGUUGCCCACUAGCAAGCCAACACUUGGCAGUUGACCUAGAGGGGCUCUACACUCAAGUGGGUGGACCUAGACUGAUGGAGCCACAAGCGCGGCUCAAGUGGCUAAGGAAUUGCUUCAUACACAUGUGCAUCAAUUCCCUGCCACAUCUCGGGGGCCACUAGUCCUAGAGCAAGGAGUGUCAUACAGACAUGUAUGCACGAGGGCAGACCACCUAUUACCUUCUCCCAAAAUGUUCAUAUAUAUUAUUUUAUUCAGGAGAAGGGAUCUAUGUAGGAACAAGAUAGCUUUGAUAUAUAUUCAGUUCAAUUUCUUGAAAAACCUCUAAUGUGGGACCAAUGUUCUCAUUUGUUUCAAGGCACCAGUCUAACGUAGUUUGAUCUAGCAAUGCUCAAUGGGCCAUGUUACCAAAUAAGGUAGAUCCUUUGGUAGGCAAACCUCCACAAUACUCAAAACAUGAAGCAUUCAAACUAUGGUUCACAAAUCCAAAGUCACUCAACACACAUGUGACCAAAAAGGAUGAUCAGACAACAAAUGAAGUACCAUGAUACUAAGAACUUAAGUUCCCAGUUGGCAAUUGUUUGUGGUGAGUUAAUAUGUGACACUCAACGUGCCACAUGACCAAAGACGACAAAUCUAACAACAAGCAAAACACCAAAAUAUUGAGAACUUAAGUUCUCAUACAUAUCACUAUCAAAGAUAAAUACAAUAAUCAAUUAUUAUCUACUAAAAUAGACAUUAUUGAUUAUCUUUAAAAUUCCUAUGGCAAUUGUGAGGAUGACAUUCAUUCUUUCCUCCUUUUGCUUGAUCAACAUUCCUAGCAAUCAAUGAGCUUGAUCCUUUCUUCCCUUAGUGCACUAAAGUCCUCCAAAGAGUGGUCAGCUCUUCCCUUCUCCCCUCAAAUGAUAGUGACAACAUGGUUGAUCCCUCUUUUUUGCAAAUAUUUCAAGCAAGUAGUGCAGCACUUUGAGACAAUACUUCUACAACUUACAUGUGGUCUGACAUGUCUAGAAGAAACUAAGCCACCACAGUCGUGUCUCUAGUUGUUCAAGAGGCAGACUAAAUUUGGAUGUUGAUUUAUUUUCUAUUUUGAAUAUUUAUUUAUAUAUUUUAAUCAUUUAUUUAUAUUUUAUGAUAAGAUAUUUUCAUUUCAUACAUGUUCUGAUUAAAAUGAAUAUAACUGAUUCAAAUCUUAAUGAUCUUCAUUUCUUUUCUAAAUCCUCUGAAACUCAUUUGAGAUCAAGCUAAGAUUAUUUUUAACUUAUUUUCUAUUGAUUUUCAUUAUUGAAACUUGAAGUAUUAAUCUUCCCAACAUUCUACGAAUAAUGAGUAAUUUUUUAUUUUCGAACAUGAAAUCAAUGAGAUUAAAGAUUGAUUUAUGCGUUGAAGUGUUAAAACAAAGUGGAGACAUUCAUGCCUAACUUCAUGUCAUAUGUGUGAAUUCUCAAGCACACAUUUGUCCUAGAAUCAUGGUCACCAUAAAAAUAACUUGACCAUUUUUCUCUCUUUAUUAUUAUCUUAUUUCUCUCUCUCUCUCCUUCUCUCGAUUGAUCUCUUUAUCUUUUUUGUGAGAUCUUUUCCUCUUUUCUCAAUCAAUCUCUCUUUUUCUCUCUCUCAAUUGAUCUCUUUAUCUAUCUCAUGAGAUCUCUUCCUCUUGCUCAAUCGAUCACCCUCUCUUUCUCUCUCUCUCUCUCUCUCUCUCUCUCUCUCAUGAUCAAUCUCCCUCUUUCUCAUUCUAUUGUAAUAGAUCUCUUCUUUCUCUUUCUUGAGAGCACUCUCUUCUCUCUCUCUUUCCCUCCUUCCUUUCUUUACAUUCUUUAUUCUUCUCACCUCACCCUUUUAUUUCUUAUUUCUAUUAAAUAGUAAAAAAAUAUUAAAAUACUCUAUAUAUAAACUAAAUUAAUUUUUCACAAUGAGUUAAUUAAUCUCUGUGUUCAAGUGAAACUUCAAUCUAUAUUAAUAGCUUAUCAAGUCUUACUAAUAAAUAUUUUAGAUAAUAGAAAUUUAAAUAAAUAAGUGUACAUCAUGUACCAAGGACAAAUGAAAUUAAUAUUGUCAUAAAUAGUAUGAUAGAUCAUAUCAAAUCACUUCAUGAAAGUGUGUUAUAUGAUGUGUACUUGUUGUUGUGUUUAAAUGUGCACUAUCUAAUAAUAGUUAUAAAUAAGACUUGAUAAAAUAUUAGUAUAGAAGUAAGUCUCAAGUCAAACUCAAGAAGAUUGAUUAAUCCGUCUUGAAAACUAAUUUAGUUUAUAUAUAAAGUAAUUUUAAUAUUUUAUUAGUAUUUAAUAGAAAGAAUAAAAUAGAAAGGUGAGAUAGAAAGAAUAAAAGAAAGGAAGUCGAGAAGAGAAAAGACAAAAGAAAAAAAGAAGAGAGAGCUCUCACAAGAGAGAAGAGAUGAGAUAUCUCACGAAAGGGAGAGAAAGAGAGAGGAGGAGAGAAAGUGACAUGACUUAGUCAUUGUAUAGUAAAUCAUGUAAAUUUAAAAUUUAUAAAACUAGAAAAUACUAAUUUUUAGAUAUUUAGAAGUAUUUAUGAACAAAUAUAUUAAUUAUAAUUUAAAAAAACUUUCAAAAAUAGUAGUAAAAAUGAAUAUUGGGUAAUUUUUCAUAAUUUUACUCAAAUAAUAUAUUUUUUUAUGAAUUUUACACUAUAAAAUAAAAAUAAAAUAUAUUUAAAAUUUAUGAAAAAAGAAAAUAAGGGUACAGACAUUAGGAUAAUGUCAAGGCUCAACGAAUACAAAUCAGGUAAAAAUAGAGUUUUAUCUGAAAAAUUUUAGGUAAAUAAUUAUAGAUGAUUUAAUUGAUCAAAUUAAGAUCUAUAAAAGCUAAAAGAAUCGUAAUUGAAUGAAGUAUAACUUAGUAAAUUUAAAUCACAUAAAUUAUCACUAAAUGAAGUAAAAAUUAAUUUGAAAGUACAAAAAUAGAGUUUGACAUUGCGACAAUGAUAUGUCAAUGAUGUACUAGAAUCCUAAGUAUUCAAGAGGAUUGUCAUAUAGUGUACACAGUCUCAAAAGCUUUCCUUGGAUAAGAACGGCAUGGGUAGUCUCUAGAUCUCUUUGCAAAGUCUAGAAAUCAAUGAAAUAAGUUGUCGAAUCGUCUCAACAACUAUAACCCAGCAGAGUGGAAAAAUAACAACUUUGUGACUAUCCGACGACUGUCACCUAAUAGAGAGGAGUUAGAUGGAGGUGGGGCACAUGUUAAGGACCUUCAUCCUUAAGUUUGCGUAGCUAGAAAAGGUUUUUCAUCACAUCCGAUACGCUCUCAAGGGGUGACGACUCAUCUCCUGACGAAUCAUCCUCUUCUCGACAAUGGCUUGUUCGUCAAUCAAUUGGAGAUGAUUUACUUGAUGAAUUCGCAAUCCUUUUAUCACAAAUCAUUUAGUAAUUUUAGUAAUAAUGCUCCAUGAACCGCAUUGAUGAGAUUUUCACUGAUGAUUCAGUGAUUAUGACGGCUUAAUCCUUCACCAGCGAUCUACAAGAAAUUCAUAAUCAUCAAAUAAAAAUAUGACUUUUUGCUCUAGGAGGAUUCAAACAUGCGUUGGUUGUUUGCCUUCAAAGCUUUUUGAGGGAAGGUGUGACAUGAAUUUAAUCCCACAUCGCUUGUGCACCAAAGUUUUAGAUGAAUAAAUACUAAUAUCACAUUUCCAAGCAAUGAGGCCUGACCUGACGUAACUUAGUAAUUGUAUAGUAAAUCGCACAAAUUUAAAAUUUAUAAAAUUAGAAAAUAUGAACUUUCAGAUAUUUAGAAGUAUUUCUGAACAAAUAUAUCAAUUAUAAUUUAAUAAAACUUCCAAAAAUAGUAGUAAUUUGUCAAGUCAAUCAAAGGGAUGUAAUAUAAUAUCUGGUAAUUAUUUAGAAUUUUCCUCAAAGAAUAUUAUUUUUUAUGAAUUUUAUACUAAGAAAUAAAAAGAAAAUAUAUUUAAAAUUUACAAAAAAGGAAAAUAAGGGUGCGGAUGUCAGGAUGACGUCAGCACAUGGCAAAUGCAAAUCCGACAGAAAUAGAGUUAUGGCCCAUGAUUCUUAUGUAAGCAAUUAUAGAUGAUGAAAUUGAUCAAUUUAUGAUCUAUAAAAGUUAGAAAAAUCAUAAUGGAAUGAAGUAUAUCUUGGUAAAUUUAAAAUUAAAAAAUUAACACUAAAUAAAGUAGAAAUUAAGUUGAAAGCAAGAAAAUAGAGGUGGUGAUGCGUCAGUAAUGCACUAGAAUCUUGAGCAUUCGGGAGGAUUAUUUUUCAGUGUCCAUGGCCUCGAAGGCUUUCUUUGGACAAAGACAACGUGGGCAAUCUCUAGAUCUCCUUUGCGAAGUCUAGAGAUUAAUGAAAUGUGUCGUUAAAUCGUCUUCAGUGGCUGACACCUGGUAGAGCAAAAAAAUAGCAUCUUUACGGCUCUCUCGUGACUGUCACCUAACGUGACUCAUUGUAUAUUAAAUCACGUAAAUCUAAAAUUUAUAAAACUAGAAAAUAUGAUUUUUUAGAUGUUUAGAUGUAUUUCUGAACAAAUAUAUCAAUUAUAAUUCAAAAAAACUUUCAAAAAUAGUAGUAAUUUUCCAAGUCAAUCACAAGGAUGCAAUAUAAUAUCUAGUAAUUAUUCAGAAUUUUCCUCAAAGAAUAUAAUUUUCUAUGAAUUUUAUACUAAGAAAUGAAAAUGAAAUAUAUUUAAAAUUCACGAAAAAGGGAAAUAAGGUGCAGACAUCAAGAUGACGUCAGCGCCCAGUGAACAUGAAUCGGGCAAAAAUAGAGUUCCACCUGGCGAUUCUUACAUAAGUGAUUAUAGACGAUUUAAUUAAUCAAAUUAAGAUCUAUAAAAGCUAGAAGAAUCGUAAUUAAAAAGUAUAUUUUGGUAAAUUAAAAUCACACAAAGUAUCACUAAAUGAAGCAUAAAUUAAGUUGAAAGUAGAAAAACAGAGUUCCGACGUCGUAAUGGUGAUGUGUCGGCGAUGCACCAGAGUCUUGAGCGUUCGGGAGGAUCGUCAUGUAGUGUCUAUGGCCUUGAAGGUUCUUCUUGGACAAAGAUGAUGUAGGCAAUCUCUAGAUCUCCUUCCGAAGUCUAGAGAUUAAUGAAAUGAGUCGUUAAAUCGUCUUCGACAGCUGUCACCCAGUGGAGCAGAAAAAUAGCGACUUUACAACUCUCCGGUGGUUGUCACCCGACGGAGAGGAGCUAGAUGGAGGUGGGGCAUGUGUCAAGGAGCUUCAUCCUCAAGUCCACACAGCAAGAGGAGGCUCUUCAUCGCAUUUGGUACACUCUAAGGAGGUGA